AAACAUCCAUAGCUGGCAACGGCAGUCCCUCCCCACUCCCCAGUCUUUCUCUCUCUGUGUCCGAAGAAAAUCUCUGAAAAAUCGGGAGUAAAAGAAGCCUGUCCUGUCUGAAAGUGGGUUGACUCGGGUUGAGAAUGAGCCCGUCGAGGUUCAUAAAAUGCGUCACGGUCGGCGACGGAGCUGUUGGCAAGACGUGCAUGCUCAUCUCCUACACCAGCAACACCUUCCCCACUGAUUAUGUGCCAACUGUAUUUGACAAUUUUAGUGCAAACGUAGUUGUUGAUGGAAGCACUAUUAAUCUGGGGUUGUGGGACACUGCUGGACAGGAAGAUUACAAUAGGUUGAGACCUUUAAGUUAUCGUGGAGCAGAUGUCUUCCUGCUUGCGUUCUCUCUCAUAAGCAAGGCUAGCUAUGAGAAUGUUGCCAAAAAGUGGAUUCCUGAGUUGCGACAUUAUGCACCUGGUGUUCCGGUUAUUCUUGUGGGGACGAAGCUUGAUGUACGAGAUGAUAAGCAGUUCUUCUUAGACCACCCCGGCGCCGUCCCCAUUACCACAGCCCAGGGGGAGGAACUAAAGAAACUGAUAGGGGCUGCUGCUUACAUAGAAUGCAGUUCAAAAACACAGCAGAACGUGAAAGCUGUGUUCGAUGCUGCCAUUAAGGUGGUCCUGCAGCCCCCUAAACAGAAGCGAAGGAAGAAGAGAAAGGCUCAAAAGGCAUGCUCUAUCUUAUGAGCAUGGCAAGGAGAGCAAGAAGAAAGAAAUUCUUUGUGGUAUGGAGUAGUAAUUAAUUACUGCAAAAGGAGUAAACGAGUGAUGUUAAUAGUCCUAACUGACAACCUAGGGAGAUGUCGACAGAGCAUUGCAGUUCUGCUUGCUGCACCUCGUCUGUGGUCUGAUAUCAUUAUGAAGGGCUUACUUUAUAUGCGGGUAACUAGCAAAAAAUUUCAUAAAAGCUCUAGAGAGUUGUAUUAUUUUUCCUUUUGGUUGAAAAAGUCGCAUUGUUUACUACUAGGAUGUAUUGUGCAUGUGUUUUUCUUGGUAACUACUACUGGUGUGCAUGUUGAUGCAGUUGUAGUCUUCUAGAAAUGGUCCUCUGAUUCUAUUUUCCA